AUGGAAUCGACGCGCCGCUUCACCAGCGGCAUGGCGUCUCGCAUGCGGAUUCCCAGCCCAACGCGGCGACAAUUCUAUACCGUUACAUCGACCGUCUCGCUGCUGACUGCGCCUGUUUUGCGGGUGCUGUCUGCCUUCUUUGCCCGAUUUGCAAAUAGACGGUUUCUGUUUGCUAUAGGCGUCAUGGCCGUGAUCAGCGCCAAGCUGGUCCACAUAUAUGCCCACAUAACAGCCAUUGCCUUUCGCUCCAUGGCGCAAUGGGGCCUCACAUUUUACACUCAAGAUACUGCUUUCUUAAUACUAAUACGGCUGUUGCUCGAUACCGACUUGUACCCCUGGAAGUGGCUGCGACUCAUCCUGACGGCACUGGCCUCGCUUCUCGUCACCUUUGUGCUGGCCCUGGCGGCCAUCAACAACUCCUUCUUCAUCGUCGCAGGCUCCGAGCCCCAUUGGCGCAAUGCUGGCCUUGCGAGCGAUGCGGCGUCGUGGAAGCUGGCGGUUACUGGACUCUUCACAUGUCUUAUUGUGUUGGCGGUCAUCUUCGUUAUUAGCUGGCUGACGCAGGACAUCUUCUACUUCCUGGCUGGGCUCGGUUUGAAUCUGCUCAAAUGGCCGUUUGCUUUCCUCUACAGCAAGCUUCCUGCCCGCUUCCGCCCUGCGACGCCCACUUCAAGAUACACUCACAUCCCACAGCAAGAUAUCGAGAUCGGAUCCGAGCUCAUGGGCAAAGAAGACGACGAGGUCGAUUCCAGCACCUCUGGCGGCUCUAGCAUUGCCUCCGACAUGCGACCAACCUCGAAGUUGACCAUUGCCCUAUAUGUCUUGGUCGGCGUCAUCAUGCUUCUUCAGGUCGUGCUGUACAUUGCCCGGCCAGACGAAGGCUCCUACGCCUACAUGUCAUGGACUCUGCCGUUGAUUCCUUUCGCAGACUUUGCGCACUCGUCGCCUAUUCUGGCCACACUCACCCCCGUCUUUGAUACUAGCAUUGGGUGGAACUGGGAUAACCAAACCGCACUGGCCGACCCGAUUCGAUGGGAAUGGCUGCCAAAGGAUCCUCUUCCGGGCUUCCAAGAUUGGUAUGAGAAUGGGGAAAAGCACUAUCGUGCUUCCCAGGACCCCCUGAAAAUCUCAAACCUUAAAAAUGAUGUCCUCCCGGAGCUCCGCGAAAAGCUGGCAAAUAUCAACAUCAAGAACGUGGUACUUAUUAAGCUCGAAAGUACGAGAAAGGAUGCUUUCCCCGUCAAGAAGGAUGGUUUAUUUUAUAAACUUGCUGUGGAGUCAUUUGAGAACGGUACUCUGCCAAAAGCAGCCGAAGAGAAGAUCUCCACGCUCACUCCUACUGCCAAUUUCCUGACAGGAGAUUACAACGAUGGCUUCGAGCACAAGGAACAGAAGCGACGUGGAGGUCUCAACGCGAACAACUGCCACACGUCCGCCACUUACACGCUCAAGAGUUUGACCGGCACUCUCUGUGGACUGUCACCUCUCGUUGGCGAUUUCAACGCUGAAGUUUCGCAUCACAUCUACCAGCCCUGCUUGCCUCACAUCCUCGAUGCCAUGAACCUCAACUUGGCAAACUCUUCUAAGCGCGCUGAUAAGAAUGACUUUACUACCCAGAAGUGGAAGUCAUCAUUCAUGAUGUCGGUUACCAACACUUUUGACAAACAAGACCAGCUCAUGGUCCAGCUUGGGUUUCCAAAGAACAACACGGUUUCAAAAGAAUACCUAAAGAGUGAUGAGGCCAAGUUUGGUAAGACGGAUGUGGAGGAUAUCAACUACUACGGAAUGCCCGAAGAUGUCAUCGAAGAUUAUGUCCGCGAUGCGUUCAAGUCGGCCAAGGAAAACAACGAGCGAGUGUUUUUGACCCAUCUGACCAGCACCACGCACCAUCCCUUCGGAUUGCCCGAGAACUUUACGCAUGUUCCCAUCACCAGCGAGGAAUCUGGCAAGCUAGAGAACGUAUCCAAGUACCUGAAUGCUAUUGGAUUCGUCGAUCGUUGGCUGCAAAAAGUUUUGGACAUCCUGGACGAGCAAGGUGUUGCGGACGAGACCUUGGUCAUCUUUGUCGGUGACCACGGUCUCUCUGUCCCGGAGAACGAUGGCAUCACACCAUACUACAAUACCAACAUCGGUAACUUCCAUGUUCCGCUUGUCUUCUCUCAUCCUCAGCUCCCCGCCAUCGACAUCAACGAUGCCGUUAUCUCAUACGAAAUUCUGCCCACAAUCCUCGAUUUGCUGCUGGAAACCGGCUCACUCUCCGAGUCCUCGACUGGCAUUGCCAAAGAUUUGAUUGAAAAUUACGAGGGACAAUCGCUUAUCCGACCGCUCAUCAACUUGAAUGAGAAGACUGGCCAGCCCAACUGGCAGUUUUCCGUCAUGAAUCCGGGUCGCGCCACCGUUGCUGUCCGUGACACCGUCCAGCCACAUUGGAGACUGACGGUACCCAUCAUUGAGAACACUGAAUGGCGAUUUACCGACUUGGACACGGAGCCUCAUGAGGAGAAGCAUCUUGUUGCGUUUGACUUUGGCGCCUUUUUGCAGAAGAUCGAGGAUGAGAGAUCCGCCGAGGCAGCACACUGGGCUGAAAAGGCAGCGUUCGUCGCCCGAUGGUGGGUUGAGGAAAACAGUCUCCGCUGGCACUACGACCCUUGA